GCCUCGACUCGAACAGUACCUCAGCACACGCGGUCCCAUCAUGCGCACCUCGAAAGUUUUGUUUGCGGCGAUGUGUCACGCUGCGAUUCUUCAACUGAUCCAGGAAACUUCAGCCGCCAAGGGACCAAUUCGGGAGGCAAUUCAAAACGGGCAAGCGGCAGAAUAUGACAAGGAUGACUGUGCCUGGAGAAGAGGUAACGACCGAGACCUUUGCCCGGACCCCGACGUGCACGUCUUCCUAUACGCACCCGGACAUCCGAAGCGGAAACUGGAGAUUGAUCAGUCAGAUUGGCUUCGACGCGAGCCCUACAAUCCAAGGCUUGAGAAUGCCUUUGUCAUCCACGGUUAUGCUGGGGGAGAUGAUACGUUACCAAUCGCAGUAUUGAGAGACGCUUACUUACGGAAUGGAAGCUACAACGUCUUCAUGGUCGACUGGGGGGCACUCUGUGCCGCACCCUGUUACCCGGCCGCAGUCGCGAACCUUCGCCCUGUCGCAAAGUGCCUCGCUGGAACACUCACAACCCUGAGGAACAUGGGGCUUUCAAUGGAGAGGACGACGUGCGUGGGACAUUCGUUGGGUGCGCAUAUUUGCGGAGUUAUGGCGAAUUAUCUGCUCUUUCGACUCCGAUCCAUCGUCGGACUCGACCCCGCCCGGCCGUUGGUCAGGCCAGGACUAGUCAACAGGCUUGACAGCGGCGACGCGGACUUUGUAGAAGUGAUACACACUAACGCCGGUUACUAUGGAGAAAUGGGGCGAGUCGGUCAUGUCGACUUUUGUGUCAACGGGGGAAAACUUCAGCCCUUCUGCGAGAACCGACGGAAUGAUCAACUUUGCAGUCACGUCUGGGUGGUAUGUUACAUGGCCCACAGCAUCGAUGGGGAUACUGAGCUCAUGGCGGAACCUUGUUCAAGAUGGUGUCCUACUGGGCCAAGAAUCAUACAGAGAAGUGGGAGUGCCUUGAUCAUGGGACAGCAUACGCCGAGAAAUGUCAGAGGAUCCUUUUGCCUGACCAGCGUCAAUCCCCCCUAUUGUCCUAGGAACGGCCACGUUAGAGGAGAUGAGAGAUGUUGCGUCUGAUUUGGGGAAGGGGGUUAAAUCGGUUUCGCACUGUUAUUAUUGCACGACGGGCGAUGUGUGAAAUAUGAGGGGUACCGUUUUUCUCGAAGUUCUACGUGGAAACUUUCUGCAGAUUAUAGCAAUGCAGGGCCUCAAUACCUUCGUACAAGAUGGUUUUGCGAAGUUCUUCAAUGUUCUUAAGCUUGCCCACUUGCUCACCUUAUUUAACAUUACUAAUGCUAUCAGCAACGCAUACAAUAUUUUGUUUUGCCUGUUGAGGAUCAAUAUCAAGAUUUGAUGGUGCACCCAAUAAUUAAAUGGAUUGUAAUCUUGUUAUUUGCCUUUGCAUGAUUUGAUCAUCUGUGGGACUCGGUGUGAAGAUAGUGAAAGGGAUUGCUUCGUCAGGUUUGACUAUGCAGACAGUAUAUGAUUUUUCAAGUGUUCAUUCUUAAGAAGUGAUGAAAAAAUAGAUAUAAAUGAACAGGUUGAAAAAAUCAAUUAAUAAGUUAUAAUCACUCAGACUAGCCAAAGACAGUGAUACGUCAUCGAGCUUUCAAUGAUAUUAGCCAAUUUUCAAUAAAAUACACUUCCUGGACGAUUUGGACAAUGAAAGAUUUCCUGAAUUGUAAAACCCACUUCAGAAGCAAAUUUCGAGAAAUCAUUCGAAAGGCAGUGACACUUUAAAAAUGCUAUAUUCAUCAUAACUCAUUAUUUGCAGCUGAAAAUUUUUUCCUAAUAUUCGCAACAGCAAAGAAAGAUGACAAAAUAUUGUUUACUACGAAUUGUUGAUUUGGAAAGGAGCACCUAAUGCUUGUAUCUUCUAUCUUUGUGUAACUGCGGGUUAAAUAGGUUUCAUGAAUUUAAAGCUACUUUGGUUGCCUUCUUCAGAAAAAGAACACGAGGGGGAUGCAGGAGACUUUUAAAAGUUUAAAUCAUCGACUCCAGAAGGCUAUGUCAUUACAAGAUGCAUUAUUCAACUUAUUGUUGCUUCGUUUCCCAUCAUAAACGUGUAUAUGAAUUUAACAUUUGUCACUGUACUUAACUAAUAAAUAGAUAUUUUCUAUUCAUUCGUAUGAAA